AUGUUAGUGUACAACUUCGUUUUAUGCAUAUUUCUAGCGCGCGUAAGCACAUCUCUUUGUGCCUUGCUACGACACAAUGAGUCAACUGGUCCAAAAGCUCAUCGAGGAGAGUCUUAUAGUAUCUGGAGAGGUGUCAAUAUACCACUUGAAAGCUGCUCAGAUUCUAACCCCACCAGCCCCAAAAUUGGCUUCGAUGGGGUAUUUGUCAACUCGCCCGAUUUUUCCUACUAUGCAAACCCCAUCACAGGUUUAACUCCCAGGAAAGAUUCUCCGCAUAGAAAUAAACAACAUCUAAGGGAUUACAAAAAUGUGCAUUCUAACCAGACUGUCACCAAAAAGGGAACUCGAGAUAUCAUAUAUAACAGACGUCUUCACUUUUAUAUGGGCUACAGGAGGAGGAUUGAAGCUCCUAUUCAACAAAUUUUGGACUCUCCAACGAUUUCUUUUCAAGAAAUUUUAGCAAAGAAGCAAAGCAUCAAGCAGAAUGAAGUUAGUCAAAACGAACAAGAGCGAGUUGCCGGAAAACGCAAACUUCUCGAAGAACAAAAGCACAAGUUCCAGGAAGUACUUGACAUAAAAACCUAUGGUAAUAGAUUUAAGGAGAGAUCAAAAGAUCUAAAAACAUCUUGCGAGCCAUCUCAAAAGAUUGGAUCCGAAGAAAAGGAUGUAUCAAGAAACAAAAUAGAAAAUCCUCCACUACGUGAGGUAACUGAACUAGUGCGACAGAAAAAAGAUCCAGCACCUCAUCAGUCUCCCGUGAUUGAAGAUUCAAGGAGCAGUGAAACAUUAGCCGGAACAGUGAAUCUUGGUGGAGAUGGAAGGCUUACUCAAGGACAGGAAAAACUUCAGAAAUCAAAGGAUCUAUCCAGAAUCUACAACAGAAUGAAACAGGAGGGUGAUAUGCCAGACGUCGAACCUCUACAAAGAAAACUGAAAAACGCUGAGGUCAAGAACAACGGUCAGGAUGUUUUAGGGAAUCCAAAAGUUGACGACAUCAUCCCGGGACCAAAAGAGACGAUAGUAAAAUCAACCCGUGAAAAUACCAUAGACACUUCGAAAGAUGAUUUGAGCAUUCAAAAGGAAGCUAUACCUGCUACGUCUAAUUCAAAUGAUAAACUUGUCCAGGAACGAAAAAUAAGAUAUGGGCAAGAUGUGUCGAGAAACUCAAUCAACCAGAAUCCAUUAUUAACAAACAAAGUUCGCCCUCCACAAUCACAAUUUGAACGUGAUGAAGAAAGAAGCAAAAAUCUGACAAGAAAACCACCGAUAUGGCGGAAGAAAACAAUGAGGACCAAAGUCCAUGAAGGCUAUUUGGAUAGUUUUGGAAAGGAAAUCACUAGGACUCCAACUAAAAUCACAACUGGAGAGGGGCGCGAGACUAAAAACAUUGAGGUGGCUUUACGCGAAGGAUCACCACCGCCUGGUUCAUCGGAAGAAGAUGUCAAUUUGAAACAACCAAAAACACUCCAAGAGAAAAAACAAGCAGUUGAAUCAUCUGGUGCGGAUUUUAAGAAAACGGGAAAGAAGUUGAUAUCACAGGAGGAUACCAAGAUUAAUGAGAUGCGCGAAGAGGCCUCGACUUCACCCCCGUCUGUAUCUAUCAUUAAUCCAAUGGGAUCUGACAUAGGGGACAUUGAUGAAGCAUCUUCUGAUUCAUCUAGUGAAGAUUUAAACAGUUUCAAAGACAAAGAUACAUUCCAAGAUAUCAGCGCACAAGAUCAAGCUCAAGGGGUUGAUGAAUUUGAUCAGAAAGGUUCAAGAAUAAUACAUCCUUCAAAAAGAAAAGGUUUUAUGGAAAACAAAGUCAUCAGAAAACCUAAGAAAAGGAACAACAUAUCAAAACGUAAAAGUAAAGCAAGGUAUCAUAAACAAGAUGAGUCACAGAUCACAGUCAAAGACCAGAUUGGUAACCUUGAGGAACACGAUGGAUUCCCAAAAGCAUUAGUUUCUCAAGAUUAUGUGAAAGAUAUUUCCAAACUUGACAGGAAUAUUGUUUUGAAAGAAGUGAUAAAGUUGCAAGAUCCAACACCGCUGCUGACAAUCAAGGUUUCAAGUCUUCAAUUUGAUUACCUCCAAAGAAUGAACUUUGGUAGUGCCAAUUGGAAGUCGCCUUCUACCAACUUACCGGUGCAACUCGAUAAUCCACUCGAAGCCUACAGACGCGUGGAAUCUGUCCAACGUCAAUUUAGUGCUAUGAAAUUCACACAGUUUUGGAAGGAAAAAGGAGAAACACUUUCACUUAACAACAGACGCAUGGGAAAGAUCUUAAAAUUUGAUGAACCAUUUCCAGACUUCCAGAACGCAAAAGUGAAUGAAUUAGAUGAACUUCACAUUUUGAUUGAUGAGUCAAGUGAAGAAGAAUGGAAGAUUAUGAAGGAGAUUUCUUCAUUUCAGUAUCAUAGAAGAUAUGCAACACUUUACAUGAUGGGACACGAUGAUACAUACAAGGAGUCAAGUGUCCUUAGAAAAGCUCUAGCUAGAGACUGGAUCAAAGAGGGAUAUAUCAUUCCUGUCUUGGGAACCAUUGAUGAUAUACUUGAAUUGUCUCAUGGGAAAUGGGGAUACUUUGGAAGGGAACAGAUCCAAAAGAAAGUUUAUGGCAUGUUAGAGUUAAUGGGCGGAAUUGUCAACUUACAGGAUGGUAUGAGAAUCAAAGUUUUCAGACAUGAUUGGAACGAUGAACCCACAAGGUGUCUUUUGACAAUGAAGGAUGAUGAUACUUCAAAGCUUUUUGCAAUCAGGUUAAAGUACUUGGCAGAGCUUGCUGAUCAGAUGAACAUAGAGUUUCCAGAAACAUACAAAAUUGAACAAAAUCAUACAAAACAAAUCAGUAUUGGAGAGGCUUUGAUAGCUCAGCAUGUUGGAUUAGAUGUUGAAUUAUUGAGGAGGUUUAAAACUUGGUCUAAUUUCAAAGAAUCCAAAGAGAAAAUGAAAGCACGUAUCAUUGGAAUAUGGGAAGAUGUUCCAGAAGAAUUUUUAACAAAAGGCCACAUUUUCAAAGCAUAUUUUGAACAUAGAUUUGAAAAGGUUAGGGGUUUAGAGACUUGGAUUCGUGGAACUGAUAGAGUUGUUGUUUGGAAAAGCAAUCUACCAAAGUGA